GUGUCUAGCCUUGAGUCCCUUGAUAGUAGAUGAAGCAGCACCACCACUAAUAGUAGUGUGGUUUAGCACUAUGGCACACAAAGGGAAAGCUACAUUGUGGCGUAGUUGGAGCCUUACUUCAGCUUUUCUGCUAGUCUGUUUAGCACGCCUGACACAGUCGUACAAUUUGAGAAAAGCGCUUGGCAGAAAUAGAGAAAAUGGUCAUGAAGGAAAGGUUCUGUUUGGUAACUUCUUUGAGAAGGGGCGAACUGGUCUGCCAACAAGUAUACAUGCCAACUGGAAUGUUACCUCCUCUGCAGAAGAUGCCAUCGGUUAUCAAAAAGACUCAUCAGGGUGGUUCCAAGAUGAUCCCAGUGUACAAUGGAAGCACAUGGAGCUGUCGGUUCAAUGUGGAGCUUACCAGAUGAAGCUCGUAGCAAGGGAGCCAGAAGCGUCCCAGCUGCAACUGGUCCAAAAAAACGCCAAGUCGCUUCCCUUGACUCAGCUCCCUGAAACCUGUGGCUACUCAAUCAGUCGAAACAAUGCAAUGCUUGUAAUGGUGGCUUCAUAUGACGACUGUACAAUGAUGCAAGAGGACGGACGCUACAUCCUACCAAUGCUUUGGCAAAGAAGGCAUAUAAUGCUCUCAUGCCCCAUAAAAGAAAUGCAUCCAGCACCACCUAUGUCUCCAAGACGACAAAUGUCCCCUAAACCAGCUGCCUUGCCCUAUCCAUACAACCAGUGGGCUAUGAUGCCUCCCUUCAACUAUUAUCCAUAUGGACAACAGGUAGUGCAUCAAGAGCCAUCCAUGACUGACCUCCCUACUACACAAGAGCCCACGACGACAACGCCAACACCACCCAAGGCGCAGCCAGCAAAAAGCCCACCUGCUUCUAAACCAGCUGGCUAUCCCCAUCCCCAUCCACAGUACCAGUGGCAUAUGAUGCCUCCCUUACAACACUAUCCAUAUGGACAACAUGUAGUGCAUCAAGAGCCAGCCAAGACUGAGCUCUCUACUACACAAGAGCCCACGACGACACCGCCAACACCACCCAAAGAGCUGCCAGCAAAAAUGUCACCUAAACCAGCUGGCUAUCCCCAUCCACAGUACCAGUGGGCUAUGAGGCCUCCCUUCCAACACUAUCCAUAUGGACAACAUGUAUUGCAUCAAGAGCCAGCCGAGACUGAGAUCUCUACUACCCAAGAGCCCACGACUACACCGCCAACACCACCCAAGGAGCAGCCAGCAAAAAGCCAACCUGCAAAAAGCCCACCUGCUUCUAAACCAGCUGGCUAUCCCCAUCCACAGUACCAGUGGGCUAUGAUGCCUCCAUUCCAACACUAUCCAUAUGGACAACAUGUAGUGCAUCAAGAGCCAGCCGAGACUGAGAUCUCUACUACCCAAGAGCCCACGACUACACCGCCAACACCACCCAAGGAGCAGCCAGCAAAAAGCCCACCUGCUUCUAAACCAGCUGGCUAUCCCCAUCCACAGUACCAGUGGGCUAUGAUGCCUCCCUUCCAACACUAUCCAUAUGGACAACAUGUAGUGCAUCAAGAGCCAGCCGAGACGGACCCCUCUACUACACAAGAGCCCAAGACUACACCGCCAACACACCCCAAAGAGCUGCCAGCAAAAAUGUCCCCUAAACCAGCUGGCUAUCCCCAUCCACAGUACCAGUGGGCUAUGAUGCCUCCCUUCCAACACUAUCCAUAUGGACAACAUGUAUUGCAUCAAGAGCCAGCCGAGACUGAGAGCUCUACUACCCAAGAGCCCACGACUACACCGCCAACACCACCCAAGGAGCAGCCAGCAAAAAGCCCACCUGCUUCUAAACCAGCUGGCUAUCCCCAUCCACAGUACCAGUGGGCUAUGAUGCCUCCCUUCCAACACUAUCCGUAUGGACAACAUGUAGUGCAUCAAGAGCCAGCCGAGACGGACCCUUCUACUACACAAGAGCCCACGACUACACCGCAAACACACCCCAAAGAGCUGCCAGCAACAAUGUCCCUUAAACCAGCUGGCUAUCCCCAUCCACAGUACCAGUGGGCUAUGAUGCCGCCCUUCCACAAUUAUCCAUACGGACAAUAAGUAGUGCAUCAAGAGCCAUCAAAGACUGGUCACUCUACUACAAUGGAGCCCACGCCGCCGCCGACACCGGAGUCCACGCCGCCGGAGCCACCCCCGCCGUCCCCCCCCGCUAAAUUUUGUACGUUAUCCCUAACAAUUCUACAGCCCUCAAUUCCACUAUCCACCAGUCUUCGACCGCCAACCUUGACUGGCCACCAUGGAACCAAAAUAACUUCUCCGUAGCCCUUCCCAUAUGUCCACUUGCACUACCUGUUACUUGAUGCACCUCUCGUAUUUUGUCAAUAAAGCUUUGUAAAUUCA